UUCUGGUUCUUCCUACUUAUUGAGUUCAUUUUCAUAAUUUUUGCGAAGAAAGAAGUAGAUAAUCGCAUGGACGUGUUAAUUUAUUUAUUGUGCUUAAAUACUUGCGAGUUUUGUUAAAAGUCAUAAUAUCAAUGUGCAUCAUUCAUAAGUUAAACUACCAGUCACAUAAAGCUGGGGUUUUAUUAUUUGUUUAAAAAUAUAAAUUGCGCUUUGCCUUUUGGCAAACCGCUCAAAGUGUCCAAAUGGAAUACUGUCCGCCGAAUGUAACCUUGUGGGAAAUAUGGAUAGACCAUGGAAUAUCACAAUGUUUUAUGGAAACAGUUUCAGCUGCCUUAAUUGGUGGAUUUUUGCUUGUUUGUGGGGUUUUGCAAAUUAUUAUGUAUAAAAGAUAUGCAACAGAAGUAGUAGAUGUUAGGUCAUCAAAUCUAUUUUUGGUGCAAUUGCUUUUUACACUGUUCGUUCCUGUAUUGGCAGUUAUAAGGUUCCUAUUGCAGGCCUUUGUAUUUAAAGGAGGACACAUCUAUGGGUAUAUGAUAGUGGCCUUAGUGGUGAACAUUAUUGUGUUCCCACUUUCAGCUUAUUUGGCUCUAAUAGAAAGGCGCUUUUUGUUACCAUCUGUACCGCCGAGAGGACACGGCUUCGUGCUGCUAGUUUUCUGGGCUCUGAUCUUUAUAUCUGAGAACUUAUCAUUCUUAAAUCUCAAUAAAGAAGGAUGGUGGUGGCAUUUGAAGGAUCUGCAAGAUCGACUGGAAAUGUCCCUGUUUGUGGGACGAUACGUUUCUUGCAUGAUUAUGUUUAUCCUUGGCAUGAAGGCGCCUGGCAUUAUGCACCAGUUCGAAUAUCUUCUUCCUGAUGACGGAAAUCGAAGGAACAUUCCCCCGAGGGAUGACAACAGAUCGACAUUCCGGAAUGUAUUUGUUAAGCUCCGGACCCUUCUGCCGUUCCUCUGGCCGAAGAAAAGCGUAUGCCUGCAGAUUUACGUAUUCAUUUGCAUCCUCGCACUGGUUGCUGGACGUGCUAUAAAUUUAUAUGUGCCUAUUUAUAACAAGAUGAUAGUUGAUAGUUUGUCAAUCCCGCCACUGUACUUCCGAUGGGAUCUAGUCGUUAUCUACGUGCUCUUUAAAUUCUUGCAAGGCGGCGGAACUGGCGGCAUGGGUCUCUUGAACAAUCUACGCUCGUUUCUAUGGAUCAGAGUGCAACAAUAUACUACUAGGGAAUUACAGCUAGAGCUAUUCCGGCAUUUACACGACUUGCCUCUUAAAUGGCAUCUAUCGCGGAAGACCGGAGAAGUUUUGCGAGUGAUGGAUCGUGGCACAGAUUCCAUAGACAAUCUACUGUCAUAUAUACUGUUCUCUAUAACGCCGACGAUUAUAGACAUUAUUAUUGCCGUAGUGUACUUCAUUACUGCAUUCAAUGUUUGGUUUGGACUCAUUGUAUUCUCGACAAUGGUUCUUUAUAUAAUCGCAACUAUAGCAGUGACAGAAUGGCGUACAAAAUUCCAACGUAGAAUGAAUCUUGCCGACAACGAUCAGAAAGCGCGCUCAGUUGAUUCACUCCUCAAUUACGAAACUGUUAAAUACUAUGGUGCGGAAAAUUAUGAAGUCUUCGCGUACAAGGACGCAAUUUUGCAUUUCCAGAAAGAAGAAUUCAAAUCUCUCAUCACCCUUAACAUGCUGAAUACAAUGCAGAAUAUCAUUAUUUGUGCUGGUCUAUUGGCGGGUUCGCUUCUGGCAAUCUCUAUGGUCGUGCGAACGUAUGAGUUGACUGUCGGAGAUUACGUACUUUUCGCUUCGUAUAUCGUACAGCUUUACGUGCCACUGAACUGGUUCGGAACGUAUUAUAGGGCUAUACAAAAGAACUUCAUAGAUAUGGAGAACAUGUUUGACCUGAUGAGGGUAGACUCUGACGUAUGCGACGCCCCGGGUGCCCCCGAUCUACUAGUGGGUCGUGGAGACAUCGAGUUCAAGCACGUGUCGUUCGGCUACGGGCCUGAGAGAUUAGUGCUUAACAAUAUCAGCUUCAAGGUCGCCCCAGGCUCUACCGUAGCCUUGGUCGGUCCAAGCGGUGCGGGUAAAUCCACAGUGAUGCGGCUCCUGUUCAGAUUUUAUGACGUGAAUGAGGGUGCUGUAUUGGUAGAUGGCCAGAAUGUUCGUACCGUAACGCAAGCGUCACUGCGUUCCAACAUCGGUGUCGUACCGCAGGACACCGUGCUCUUCAAUAACACCGUCAGAUACAACAUACAGUAUGGGAGACAGAAUGCUACCUCAGCGGAUAUCAUUACUGCUGCCAAGAACGCGGACAUCCACGAUAGAAUACUCACAUUCCCAGAUGCGUAUGACACUCAGGUUGGCGAAAGAGGUCUGCGUUUGAGUGGCGGCGAGAAGCAGAGGAUAGCGAUAGCGAGAACUUUGCUCAAAGAUCCCACUAUAGUUCUGCUGGACGAAGCAACGUCCGCGCUUGAUACAAACACAGAGAGGAAUAUCCAGGCUGCCUUAGGGCGAGUAUGUGCCAAUAGGACAACAUUAAUAAUUGCGCACAGAUUGUCGACAAUCAUACAUGCUGACGAAAUUCUAGUUCUUAAAGAUGGGCAAAUCAUCGAGAGGGGAAAUCACGAAGACUUAUUAGCCCAAGCUGGAUUCUACGCGUCCAUGUGGCAACAACAAUUAGAGAAUAGAAAUAGUACACCAAACGAAACCAACGCCGAAGGCAACAACAACACAAACAGCAGAGCGCCUAGCCAACAGAAUGGCCUCAGUGCUUACGGUCAGGGCCACGGUCACGGACAUGGCCAUGGGCAUUAAGUUAGUCAUUAAACUAAUAGUGUGUGAAACAACAACAACACUGCAUCCAGCGAAAUCAACGUAGAAGGCGUCAUAAACAACAGAGCGGCGAGCCAACAAGAUGGCCUAAGUGCUUAAGGACAGUUCCACGGUCACGGCCAUGACACUGGGCAUUAAUUUAGUCACUAUACAUACAGUGUGUAGAACAAAGAAAGCGACAGUACACACAACGAAACCGACGUAGAAGGAAAGAUCAUCAACAGAAAAGCGCCGUGCCAACGGGAUGACCUAAUUGCUCAUGGACAGGGCCACGGUCACGGCCAUGGCCAUGGACAUAAAUUUAGUUAUAAUACAAACAGUGUGUGGAACAACAACAACAAAAAAUUGCGCCGUAUCAACUAUGGGUUUUCAUGUUUAAAAUGCUUCAAAUAAGGGGAUGCCAAUACAUUUUGUUAUUGUUUAAAUAUUUUUCGUUCAAUGGCAACAAAACAACAAGGCUAUAAUCAAGACUAUUUCAAUACAUUUUGUUAUAUAAUUCCACGUUAAGUUACGUCAAUGUUAUAUUAAGACUGCAAAUAAGUGUAUGUCGAUAUUUUUGUUAUUCAAAUUCGUAAGUGAAAUUUCUAAAUAGAUAUCAAGAGAUACCAUUGAAAUAUUUGCCUUCAAUAUAACUUAUAUAAUAUUCUCUACACCUUUCGUCAUCCUCAAAGCCGUAGACGACUAGUAUAAGCAACCGCUUUUUGAUCAUAUAGCAAUCAAUCGUCCUCUAAUACGUGGCCAAUCACAAACAGAAGUGCAGAUUUCUAACAAAAUUCGUAUUUACUUGACAAUCAAAACUGUUGUUUGUUUUGUCAAUAAGCUAAUUUGAAUUUUGCUAGGGGUUCAAAUCAAUGCAAUUAUAACUUUUCACUCUCUUUUUAUCACUUAAGGACAUAAAAAGACAGUAUUUUGUUUAGCAUUUGUCAUGACCUUGACUAAUUAAUUUUUAUUCAGUUACCCGUGCCUGGAUACCUCAAUUGAUUAUCAGAACUAUAUGCAUUGCAUUGUAUUAAUAGGUAUUAAGCGUAUACGGUGAGUAAGGUCAAUAUGCUGCCCGUAGAUAGUUACCGCGACUCCACUCUGUAGUUAUAAUCAGUAGCUACAUAUGAAAAGAAAAUCUCUCUAAUGCACUUACUUCUCUAGGGGCACUAUACUCAAUUUCUUCUGAGUUGUCUUAUAAAGUAAACGGUCUCUUCCUUACGUUUUAGCAUAAAGUAUAUAUUUGUAAUUUAAAAAAAAAACAUGAAAUAACUUUAGAAAUUUUGUGUAUGUAGUUUGUUUUAUUAUUUCAAAUAACUUUCAAAACAUACUUUAAAAAGUGACGAAGACUGUUUCCAUUUCAUAAGACAUAGAUUGUAUGGACCGUGAUCUUAUGACGUACCAAUUUAUAUAGAAAUAAUAAUUAUUGUCAUUUAUCUGCUAAAAAUUUCGCUAUUAUAAAAUAGAUUAGUACGUAUAAAAAAUUUGGGGUGCUAAUAAUGGAAUCGGGUUGGAUCAAAAGUGAAUCUUAUUUCAACGUGUGAAUUUGGUAUUUGGAAAUGUUUACAUUAUCAAGGAUAUACAGUUUCGAAUAGUACUUCUUACUUGAUAAACAAGGUGAGGUAUUGUAUGGCGAAAUAAAUUAAUAAUUUUAUUCUUUAUAUUAAUAAAUAAGUAGAUCAAGCAAAUAUAUAAAUAUCCUCAAUUAAUCUAUAGUGACAAAUUGACAGUUAUUGUAUAUUAUUAAUACGCAGGUCUACAAAUGAUAAUUAUCGAAUAGUGAAUUUGUUGAUAGAUGCUUAUUUGUUACGCAAUGCAAUAAAGUUUUUCUUUUUUUAAAUAUAAAUGCGUGUUGAUUACGUCCCCAUACUUUGGCGCAUCCUACUAACGCGUAUUAGUGACGUCUUUCGCAUGUUCAGUACACUAAAUAAUGAGAUAUAACAUAGAAUCAAUCUAUCAAAAGGAAAGGAAGAUUGCUCUAUCCCUUGUUGAAAAUACUAAUGUAACUAGUACUUAUACGUUUUUUAAAAGAUUGCUAGGUUAUGUAUUUGCGUUUACAGGAAAACAAAUUGUUUAAAUCAAAAUUCAAACAAUGUAUUUCACUGACGAAAUAUCAUACUAAAACCGAAUUUUGCCUCGAAAUUUUCCGAUUUUAUCGUAAGUUUGAUGGUUUUUAUUAGCUGGAGGGACUUAUUUCCAUAUAAUGAGGAAAACUUAAACGGUUUAUGAAGAAUUUCUUUCUAAUAACACUAUUUAAUAACUAUAAGUUAUAAUUCAAAUUUUUCCGGGUUAUAUACUUAAAAAGUAUGUUUUUUGAAACUGUUCGGUAGAUGGCACUAGGUUUUUCAAAAACACUUGAAUUCUAUAGUAUUUAUUCCAUCUAACCUAAAUGUGUGAAAGACUAUGAUAUCGCGAUAUUAAAUUUUUACGGGUGUUUUGUACGUAUGCACGAGCUAUCUUCACUUAGUAUUUUAAUUUCUAUAUUGCGUCGAAUGUAGCGCGUAUGCCAGUAGAAGAAAACUUUAGUAAUCAAUUAAAGGGAGACAAAAUAUCAAUCAGUUUAAACCAUUAUAAUUAAUUAUUUUUAAUUUUUGCCAAGUAUCGCCGCAACUUAUUUUUGUAAUAAAAUUAUUAAAUCUUGUUUUUUACAUAAUUAUAUAAAAAAAUAAUCCAUUAUUGGUGACGUAUUGCAUUGUGAUUGUUACCGUAUUGUACCUUGUAGUAUUAAAUAUAUUGUGACGGGAAAUCAUGUAAUUACGCGUACCUAAUUUCAGUUAUUAUAAUGUUUUUUUAGAAAGUUCA